AUGGAAUGUAAGAAAGCCCCUAAUAAUACAGUUAAAGGAAUAAACUGUGAGGAAUGGGACGAAUUUAAGCCGAAGCCUCCCAUCCAACCAAACCACACUGACAAUCUUGCAAACCCGACAAGAGAAAGUGGAGUAGAAUCAACCAGGGUUGAACCAGUGCGUGUAAGUAAACCACCAGCAUCAGAUUCACCUAGAGAAACCUCUGACAGAGAAGGAUCUUCCACUGACGUUGCUUCUUCUGUAAAUCCACUACAAGAGGCUGGUAAUGCUGAAAGCACAACAGGAACAGGUGCAAUACCAACGCAAAGCCCACCUCAGGACUCUGCUGCAGCACAACAAAGUAACAACGAAGAGUCGACCACAGGUAACAGUACUUCUGGCGCAGCCACGAGUGUGAGUGGGAAAACUGAAACAGAAGAAACCACUUCCACUACUCCACAGAGCCCCGAGGACACUGUCAGUGAUGCACCAACCACCACUUCAUCUCCUGCACCUGUACCCAACGCAGAGAUCAGCAGCAUUGCCUCCACUGUACAGAAUAACAAGGCCAGUGGUGACAGCAGUAUCAGUCCUGUGUGGAUGCGCACUGCAGCACCGCUGCUGAUUGUGGCUGUGUUGUUCUCCGUUACCGUGUGCUGA